GCCUCCACUCAGGUGGCUACGUUCAUGCUCCGCAAGAAGCAGGAUAGAAUCAUAGUGGAAGGGAAAACGUACGCUGUAACCUUCCAACCAUGGAUGAACGAGAAGCAGCUACAAGCUUGGAGGGAAUCGAUGAGGUAUAGCUUCUUCUGGAUAAGAUGCAUGAUGGUUCCAAUUGCUGCCCUUCCCGAACUGGAAACUGCUGUGGAAGAAGCCUUUGGACCGGUUUUGAAAACACACCCAUUAUUCAGGAAACCCGGCUGUCUGGAAUUGCAGAAUGUGCGAUUUGACCUGGUAUCUUCCGCAAGACUCCGCUUCAAGCCUUGGCUCGUUGUGGAUAUGGCGGAACAUGGCAAUUCAGAGAUUGAAGUGGUAGGUGUUGAUACGCCAUGGUGUGCUGAUUGUARAUGUUUUUACCAUUUUGCCGGRGAUCCAGACUGCUCAAUGAAGCAACGGCCAAAAGGUCAAAAACAGGGAUCAAGACAGGGACCAAAAGGAAACACCGGGAAGGAGAAGACUAACAAUGCCCAAGGAGGGAAGAAAGGAGGCAAUAAAGGGGGAAAGGAUAAGGGGAAGGAGCCGACAAGUAAGGAGAAGGUCUCCGGCUCAAGGGGGGGGAMCGGGGAGGAUGGGAAGGAUGAAACAGAAAGGGGGAAAAAUCCCAACCCCRUCCCAACCUCCGAUAAGGGCAAAGAGAUAGUCGUAUGGAAGCAGCGCCCUAAAAGACCGUAUAGGGAAGUCGUCAAAGAUGGGAAAAUUGUCCAAGAGAGGACCAAGGAAAAGGGUGACAAUGCGAGCGAUACAAAAAUGAGUGAUGCCGAAGGGGAGGAUAAGGACAAGUUACRAAAAGARGAUUCUGAAGAAGAGGAGGAGGAAGAGGAUUCUGAGGAUUCUGAGGACUCAGAGGAAUCGGAAGAAGAGGAGAGUGAAAUGGAAGUGGAGGAUGAAGAGGAGGAAUUGGAACGAAAGACACGAAAAAGGAAARAGUCAGAAGUCGAGGAGGAGGAGGAGGAAGAAGGAGAGGAUGGGGAGGGACAAGAAAGAACGGGGGAUCAGGACUCUGAGGCAGAAAUGGAAAAAGGGUCAGAAAAGGGGGAAGAAAAGAAUGGGUCCGAAGCAAGUGAGGACGAGAAUGACGAUGGAAAGACAAUGGGAAAAGAAGGGACGGAGGUGGAGGAAAGAAGGAAAGAACCUAUGGAGAAGGAUGAAGAGGACACUCCAGAAGGGAGGGAAGAGGAAGAAGAGAGAGACCCUCUGGGUCAAGAAGAUGGUAGAAGGAUGACGGAUAUUGGAUGGGGUAAAGAGAAUCCCGCUGAUAAGGAUAAACAGGAAGAAGAUAAAGGGGAAUCUAGCCACCCCUCGACAGAGGGUUCGGCUUUGGAAAACGGCGAGGAUAUGGGAAAUACUCCAGGAGAGGAGGAAGCAGACGACGAGGAAUGGGAUGAGCAAGGUCUGGAAGAAGUGAUCCUAGGCGGUACUUGGAGCGAAUCAGAGGAUGAUCUGCUGGAUGUGGUAGGGGAGACCCUACUCAAAGACGCGACUCCCGCCCAUGGGAUAACUCAGGAAGCGGUAGGGCCUACGUGGAUUCUCCCACUGCUCCCACAGGGUAAUGCGGCAGAGAAAUCUAAGUUAUACUGUAACGACGUGUUUGACUCAGAAAAGGGGGAAGGGUUUCAGCACGAGGGCCUAGUGGAAAGGAAGUCAACGAAAGGGGGACAGAGGAAGCAAAUAGUGGUAGGUCGGGCGACAAACGACCCAAUUUACCAUAGUACAAUCCCAGGGGGCUCCCCCUUCAAAAAGGUCAGGAUUAACGAGAAUACAGGGGUGGGAAUUGUCGCCUAAGAGCUGACAAAAACCUCACUUGAGCUAGGGAAGAACAAGAGUGUUGCUGGCCGAAAACGCAGUCACAUUUAUCGGGCCGCUCGAAAAGAAUUAUCUCAUGCCGAACCGAUGAAAACAUUGAUAAGGACGGACAGGGCUAAAGGAACAAUCAAGAAGUUCCUGAUUC